GCGACCCGUGAAAACGUUUUGUAUCCAAAUCGACCAGCAAUGACCCCGGACUGGGUUUGUUAAAGUCGCCGGAGCGAACGGAUCCUGUAUACCGCCAGAGAGUUCCGAGGGUUUUGUACACAUAAAAAUCUGAGAGACAAAAUCAGGCAUUUGGAGGAGGCCCCCACUCAAUCAGGAACUUUGAAACUGUGUCAUUUUGCUUAAAGGGGCGGAUUGGAAUUUGACAUAAGAAAGCUCCGGAUAGAUUUACAUCAGUGGCAAGAAGCUGAGGGUGGAGUUGGAAGUUACAAAAUUUAUCAUACCCAUUACCCACCAAAAAUGUUAGCUCCAGAUGAUAGGUAGUGUUGUGACCCAAUAUCUAGAGGGAUGCUCAUGUAAUAUGGCUUUAUAGAGUGGCAAUUAUUUGAAGGUUGGAAAAUGGCUUUUUAUUCAGAGGAAGAAAAAACAGAGGAUUACCUUUUCAAGAUUGUUUUAAUUGGUGAUUCAGCUGUUGGGAAGUCAAAUUUGCUUGCAAGGUUUGCUAGAGAUGAGUUCUACCCUAAUUCAAAGUCAACUAUAGGAGUAGAGUUCCAAACCCAAAAGAUGGAUAUCAAUGGAAAGGAAAUCAAGGCUCAGAUUUGGGACACAGCAGGUCAAGAGCGGUUCAGGGCUGUUACAUCUGCAUAUUAUAGAGGUGCAGUUGGAGCUCUUGUGGUGUAUGACAUCAGUAGACGCCAGACAUUUGAUAGCAUUGGCAGAUGGCUAAAUGAACUUCAAACUCACUCUGAUAUGAACGUAGUAACUAUACUUGUUGGCAACAAGUCUGAUCUUAAGGAUGCCAGGGAGGUUUCCACUUCUGAAGGAAAGGCCUUGGCAGAAGCAGAGGGCUUGUUUUUCAUGGAAACAUCUGCUCUUGAUUCCUCCAAUGUAGCUGCUGCUUUUCAGACAAUUGUGAAAGAGAUCUAUAACAUAUUAAGCCGGAAAGUUAUGAUAUCUCAAGAGCUCAAGAAACAGGAUCCUACCUGGAUGGGAAAUGGAAGAACUGUGGUUUUACAGGGUGAAGCAUCCGUAGAGCCUAAAAAAGGUUGGUGUUGCUCAUUUUAGACCUACACUAGUUAGAUUUGCUCUUUUAUUGGUUUUCCAUUCCAGUCAGGUAUCCCACAUUUCUAAUUCUCCAUGUGACCAAAUUUCUUGAGAUGUUAAAUGAGUAAAAUUCAUCUUCACUUGUUCUUGAUUAAGAACGGUUGAAGAGAAAUUAGAGUAGACAUGUAAAUGACCUGAAGGGGGAUUAAGAAAAUCAUAUUAUACGAUGUUCAAAUUCUA